GGUAAUACAGGAUCGGGUUCGAUGGAAUAAGGGAUAAAAUAGAGUUCGAAAUUUAAAAUUUAUAUUUUUAUUGUUAGCUGGGAUACAGCCAGUGAGUGGAUUAGUGUUAUUAAUAAAAGUAACUGCAUUAAAAAAGUUACCAAAAUGGUGACGAAUUUAGCCACGUUCUUAAUCGUCGUCACCCUCACGUCAGUGGCAUCGCAGACCUUCCAGUAUUCGAGGGGUUGGACGAAUGGCAAACGAGACGGUCACAGGAGGGAAGAUAUCAGGGAAGUAGCCAGCAACCUGGAGAGGAUCCUGAACCCAUGCCAAAUGAACAAACUGAAGUAUGUGCUCGAAGGGAAACCUUUGAGCGAAAGGCUACUCAGUCCCUGCGACUAUAUAGAAGACGACAUCGAAACUCAGCCCAAACGGUACAAACACGAGCGCAGUCAAGACACCUUGUUUGAUGCAUUUCAAUAAACCAUAGACACAUUUAUUUUAAUUUUUUAAAACAUGUGCCAAAGAAAAUUUUCGAUUAUUUUGAUAUGUCAUAGACGAUUUGGAACCUUAUUCUUAGCAUACCAGUACUCAUUUUUGUAGUUACUUUUGAAUUUUCAGUACACAUUAUUAAUAUAGUUAAUCAGAUCUUACAAUAAUCAAAAGUUCUUUCUACUCAUCGACACAUUAACACAAUAUAAAUAGAAAUAAAAAAGGUAAAUUACUAGUGGGAACAUGUCUUAAAUUUGUCGCAGAUGACAAAUUUAAGGCAAUAGUAAGAAUAUAAGUAGUACUAGUCCCACUAGUAAGGAAUCCAGUGGCAUUUAAAAGAAGUCAGGUAGCAUCGGCAAUCAGUGUACGGAUACUACGUGAGUACUGUAUAUCGUGAUCUUUCGAUAAAAAAAUCUAGUGACGGUAGUUGAAAGAACUGCUGAUACCUACCGACUUUGACAUUGCUGUAUUCCAGCUAGCUUGUGUCCACGGCAGUGCAACUUAGUCGAAAUGGGGAAAUUAUAAUUACUAUAAAAUUAUUCGUAUUAAGACCCGAUUAACUAUAAUUAAUUUUGUUUUACAAUACAAUGCGUAAUCGGCUGGAUUUAUGCAUUGUGAAAAUACAUUACAUGUCGAAAUACAUAAUUAUAUUGAAUAACAAAUGAACUACCAAGGUUCAGAUCGUAUGGUGUAAAUUUUGGAUAUUAUUAUAGUAUUUAUAUUAGAGAAUAUUAAUCUCGAACACGAAAUGUAUUUAUGACAAACAUAAUAAAGUGUAUAAAAUGCAUUUGAGAAAUGUUGACAACAAUGUUGUAAUAUAUAAAUAAAUA